AUGGAAGAAAAGAAUCAGACUGCAGUGACCGAGUUUCUCUUCCUUGGCAUCACAGAUAACUUCCAUCAGAAGAUUGUCCUCUUCAUCAUCUUUCUCUUUGUUUAUUUUGUCACCCUGGGGGGUAACCUGGGCAUGAUCACUCUCAUAUGGGUGGACCCCAGGCUGCACACACCUAUGUACUUUUUUCUCAGCCGCCUGUCCUUUGUAGAUGUGUGCUCCUCUUCUUCCAUAGCCCUGAAGAUGCUGUGCGACAUCUUUGCAGAGAACAAAGCCAUCUCUUUUGUGGGCUGUGCUGCACAAAUGUGGUUCUUUGGUCUCUUUGUGACAACUGAUUGUUUUCUCCUGGCCAUCAUGGCAUAUGAUCAGUAUACAGCCAUCUGUAAGCCCUUGCUGUAUACACUCAUUAUGUCCCAGAGGGUCUGUGUGCAGUUUGUCAUAGGACCUUAUGUCCUAGCUACUAUAAACAUCACAACUCAUACAACCUUGACUUUUUGCUUACCAUUCUGUGGUCUAAAUACCAUCAACCAUUUCUUCUGUGAUGUUUCCCCUCUGCUUUCCUUAGCAUGUGCAGACACGUGGAUUAACAAGGUAGUGCUUUUUGUCCUUGCUGGAAUGAUAGGGGUUCCCAGUGGUCUGAUCAUCCUGAUCUCCUACAUCUGCAUCCUGGGGGCUAUCUUAAAGAUCAAGACUGCUGAUGGUAGACAGAAAGCCUUC